AAUUUGAGAAAGUAAAAUGGCGUACUGAUUGUAGUAAUAGUGGUGUUAGUGUAAUUACUUUUAUCUUUUUAUCGUGUUUUUAGAGUUAUAAUAAGAAUUUCUUAGGUUGUAUGAAGGGCAUACGUUUCCAAACUUAGUUAGUGUUCCUAAACCUAAACAAUUUCCAUUUGAAAUCAAUUUUUUCGUGAAAAUCUUUUAUCAGUUGUCAAUCUGUGACGCGCAUGACCUCUUCCAGCAACAUGGAAUGUGUCAAAUAUGAAACAUGCCUUUAUUUGACUUUUAGUAGCGGUAGAAGGUCGGUGUUGUCAUUAUGCCGGGAGAAAAUUUAGAAAAGAACGGGAGUUUUAAAUUAAAACUUUUAAAUAUGGAGCCAGGAAUAAGAGCAAACAGUUCUAACCAACAAUUGGUGACCCCUUCUGAAGCCAAUACAGAACGAAGACUGAAAGAUCUCACCGCGAAAGAAGUUAUUUCUGUGUUUAUAUUAUGUUUUGUAAACUUGAUAAAUUAUAUGGACCGAUACACUCUAGCCGGCAUUCUCACUGACGUUCAAAAGUACUUCGAUAUCGAUGACGCCUCUGGGGGCUUAAUACAAACAGUAUUUAUUAUUAGUUAUAUGUUAUUUGCUCCACUUUUUGGAUAUUUGGGUGAUAGAUACAGUCGAAAAAUUAUCUUAGCCUUUGGGGUAACAUUAUGGUCACUGACGACCCUAGCAGGUUCCUUUAUGUCGAAUUUCUAUCUCUUCGUAAUGUUCAGAGCCCUUGUGGGCAUUGGGGAGGCAAGUUAUUCGACCAUUGCUCCGACAAUCAUAAGUGAUUUAUUUGUUAAAGAUAUAAGGUCAAAAAUGUUAGCGCUAUUUUACUUUGCAAUACCAGUAGGAAGCGGUCUGGGAUACAUAGUUGGAUCUCAAACGUCAUAUGUAACAGGCCAGUGGCAAUGGGCAUUACGAGUGACCCCGAUAAUGGGCGCAGCAGCAGUCAUACUGAUCCUGCUCCUGUUGGACGAUCCCGAACGGGGGAAAAGCGAGGGUAGCGGACACUUGCAGUCUACGUCUUUCCGGGAAGACAUCUCAGACAUUUGUCGAAAUGGAAGUUUUCUGUACUCUACUGCUGGGUUCACGUGUGUAGCAUUUGUGGCAGGAGCUCUGGCUUGGUGGGGCCCAAAAUUCAUCUUUCUUGGCAUCAAAUUGCAGACUAGUGGUGGUGAUGUAUCAGAAAACAGUGUUUCCCUAACGUUUGGCAUAGUGGCAAUGCUUGCGGGAAUUUUGGGCGUUCCCGCCGGAAGUGCCAUGGCCCAGUACUUGCGUCACAGGUAUUCGAGGAUAGACCCGCACGUGUGUGCCUUCGGACUGCUCAUGUCAAGUCCUUUGGUCUACUGCGCGUGUGUCACUGCCUCGGUCAGUACUGGACUGUGUUUCUUUUUCGUUUUUCUCGGCGAAUUCUUCCUCAAUCUGACGUGGUCUAUUGUGGCUGAUAUAUUAUUGUAUGUCGUAUUGCCUACGAGAAGAUCCACUGCCGAAGGCUUACAGUUACUUAUUUCCCAUGCCCUUGGUGAUGCGGGUAGCCCGUACUUAAUUGGAAUUGUUUCCGAAGGACUGAAAAAUAUAAUGGCACACGGAUCAGGGAUUGAAACAGAUUACAUUAAAUACAAAGCCCUCCAGUACGCAUUGUUUAUCACAUGCUUUGUAGAAGUACUUGGUGGAAUAUUCUUCCUUAUCACAGCCUGUUACAUAAAAAAAGACAGGGAAAAAGUGGUGCUCGCAAUUAGAGAAACUAAAGAACAGACCGAAGUUUCGGAGGUAAAUCAAACUGAUUGAAAGCUGGCGAAUUGGUUUCGUGUUCUUUAGGCUACAUCUGAUGACCAAGAAGUGCAAAAUAUAAACGCAAGUGAACCAGAAACACGAACAUUAAUAGAGAAACGUUAAAGCGUGUUAUGUGUGAACAAGAAUGAAGAAGUGGUAUUAAAAAAUUUUUAAUAGAUAAAAGUAUUGUGUGUUAAUCAGUCGAAAUAAUAUUUUAUGGAAACGAAGAAGAAAAUUAGCAUCAUGGCAAGUUUGGUUGUGGAUUUUUUUAUAUUGCUAUUUAUUGUUUUUACUAAGCGAGUAAUAGAAGAAAAAUUAAAGAAAAAUGUAUUCUAAUGUCUUCUGUUCGAGACUGAAAAAUUAAGAAAUUACAUGUUAACGAUUAGUUAAAUUAUUCGCUUGUCUUUUUAUUUUUACUCUGGGCUUUGAAAAUAACAUUUUAGUACUGAAGAAAUAAUAAGUUAUCCAUUGUUAAUUAAAACUACUACUACUACUACUUCUAAGUACAAUUUCAAGCCCUUUGUAUAUUUAUUAUUAUACAUUAUAAUCUAUUAAAUUAUGCAAUUUUUUUGA